AAGUGCACGACUGCGAGUCACCGUUGAAAGAAAAACCCAUAAUAUCGCCGUGGCCCGUGCGUGUGCAUUUCCCAUUCCUUCUGGAUCCUGGGAUGUGUCGUUCGUGUCGUGUCAGUCGAACCGAGGGUGGCAAAGCGAACGGAUAUCCCUACAGCAAGGACAAAAUUUUCCUGGUUGGUUGGCUGAAGCACAGACACUGCCUUUUUGAGGGGGAGAGCUCGCUAGUGUGACUUUCGUUCGUGCUUUCGGGACACUAUCGAUAGUGAUCGUUUCCGGUCGAUGUACGAAAUAGUACGUUGAAGUAGUGAAGAUUCGAUAAGUGGAUUGGCUUCCACAGUCAUAUAAAGUAAGGUCUGGAAAAAUAGUGUUUUUGAAAAGUUGUCUAGUCAGGAAGAUUUCGCGAUUUUCCAAGAUGUCGGUCGCAUCCUGAAAACACGCGUCGGCGCAGUGUGCCCCUUGUUCCGAUCCGAGACCAAUUACAUCGCGCUGGCAGCAUUCCAACUUUCAUCAAUCCCAGAGUAUUUUGUAAAUAUUUAUCUAAAGGAAUCGAGCGGAUGUAAUGCUACAUAAAGGAUUUCCUGCAGUGCUGAAGUGUUUUUAAGCUCAAGCAGCUCUCCAGUGUUCGGUGCUCGUUUUUCCACGCGUGAUUUAAAGGACACUCGUAUGAGUUUGCUACUUAUCUUGUUGUUUUUGAAAAAAAUUUGCGAAUUUUGUAACAAAUUGGUUCUACGUUGUUACAAUUCGUUCCUGGUGCACCCGAACAACAACCACCUGGAAAACGGUGGCAAGCACGGAGGGAACCGUUAUCGGUCCAGGACUGUCGGCAAUCACAAGUUGUACUACAGCGAUAGGGAUCUGGUGGUUCGGCCGAGGCGUACUCGAAGGGCUCGCAACGAACAACAACAACAUCACCAUCAGCGGGGUUCGAUGGCCGAUCGCGACAGCUACGGGAAAUACUACUGAACCACCCCCUCACAUGAGCACGAUAGCAGAAACGUGACUUAUUUAGAUAGACACCGUAGAACCACGUAGAACGUAGCGAUAAUUGAACAACUCGGAGGCUAACAACAAAAUCCUGACCCAAAACCAAACUUAUCAAUAUCAACUUUUGUCAAUCAAACCGCUCUUAGCCCUUUGAUAGUCAAACAAAUCUGAAAACAUCCAAAGGUGCCUCCCCAUCUACAUUGAUGACAAUGAAAUGAGCUAGUCAAAGCAAACAGCAACCCACCAGGAUCAGCAGCAUAGACAGACAGUCACGUUCAACAAUCGCACAAAGCACAAGGUUAAUUCCAGAUGACCAUCCAGGAAAGUCGUAACUCCCUUCAAGUAUCGCCUUGUUCCACUUCGAAUGGGCUCCUGAGCAUCACGACGGGCCCCAACAAUGUCGCCCCGACCGGAAGUAAUGCGAUAGUGCACCACAUAGUGGCGCCACACGGAAGCAACGGAGCAGGAGCAGGUGGCGCCCAUGUAAGUAGUGGUGGCGCCACAAUGUCCAGCAACAGUUCCGGUUCUAGCACCUCCUCCGAUGGCAGCAGCAAUAGUGAACAGCUGGUCAUGGUACCGGAAGUGGACGAGGACGCGCACGAAUAUCGGUGCGAGAAGCCGCUGCAGAACGGGUGCGAGGACAAGUGGGACUGGAGCAAGCGGGACCGUUCCAAGGAGGUGUGGCUCAGUGGUGCCAACAAUCGGACGGUGCAUUUUCACCCGAACUGGAGCAAGGGCACGGCCGGGAUUCGGGGCACCAGGGUGCUAAACAAUGGCCGGUAUUACUGGGAAAUAAGUGUGUCACAGCGAGUGUUCGGGACGAGCAUGAUGUUCGGUAUCGGUACCAAGAAGGCGCGGCUGCACGUGAACGCCUUCACCAACCUGCUCGGGGAGGACAAGAAUGGCUGGGGCCUGUCGCACAAGGGGCUGCUGUGGCACGGUGGCAUCGCCCGCAACUACACCAAACGCUUCCGGGAGAACCAGGCGACCAAGAUCGGUAUCCUGUUCGAUGGUAUCGCCGGCACCCUAACCUACUACAAGGACGACGUAUGUCUGGGAAUUGCCUUCCGGGGGUUGAAUGAGAUACGCGAGCCCCUAUACCCGAUAGUCUGUUCGACGGCAGCCAAAACGGAAAUGGUCCUAACGGAAUCGCGCCGGGAUUUCGUUAAUUUGCAGGAUCGUUGCCGGGCGGUGAUAAUCAAACACAUCAAAAGUCGGGAGAAGUUGGAUCGAUUGGAUCUGCCUUACUGCAUUACCAACUAUCUGGCGGAAGCACUGUACGAUAGCAGUAUUCCGGUGACGCCGCUGGAACAGCAACUGAUGGAUUACUAUCUGUUCUAGCCCGAGGCCGUUGGAUGUCCGGCAAAACCACGUGCUUGCUAAUGGUAUCUGCCCCUAAAUCGACGUUGAUUAAUUUAUUUUUAUAGUAGUUUAAUUCGUUUAACCUGGAUGUUUCCUAUUAAAUUAUUUUGUUGAAUCUCCCCGCUCGUCCGUACUUUGAAGCUAGUCCUAACAGUAACUAGUCCAAUUGAAACAAUAAUUAUUUGUUAUUACUUAGUGCUUAUACGAUUAUAACUAGAUUUAAAUUAUUUUGUUUUAUAUACGCAGAAGACGAAUAAUUCGAAUGCUGAAAUCAUCGUGUAAAUAACUAUGAACUAAACAGUGCUAAACAUAAUACUUUUGAUAUCCAGAUGAAAUUCGACGCCAACAAGAGAUAUUUAUGGAACGAAGCUCCGAACUAAAUUUUUAUUUUUUUUAAUUAAGUUGAAAUGUUAUUUAACCAUCGUGACACUUGAGGAACGAUAUGAGCGAAUAUCUAGUCAUUUUGCAUAGACAUACGUAUUAGCAUACUCAAAAAGUCAUUCUAUAAGAUAUUUCUGAUACAAAUUUACAUCAGAUUUACAAUAAAUUCCAAAGUAAUGUAAAUAGACAGGCAAAGCAACAAAAGACAUGGAUAAGCAUCAAGCUUAGAAUCCAAAAUAAUUGAAUUCAUACCCUAUUCUUGAUUGUAGAUAUAAACAAUAAUUCAAGAAUUAUUAAUUUGUUGAAUCCGAUUAAACAGUGCUUUAUUGUAAGCAUUCACGAUGAUAUUAUGAAAGUGGAUAUCUAGGAUUUGAAAUAAUACACGUUAGUAAAGCUAAUCCUCAGAAAGGAAUUAAACUCCACCAAAGGGCAUAACAUAGGAUAAUGGGCUUGAAAUGGUAAACAUUUUAGGUUGGAAGCUAGCAAGCAGUUGAAAUAACACAUCCUUUCUGGAUUAUUUUUUUCGUUCAAAAACGAACAGAAACAGAUCAAAGAUUUGAUAAAGUAUUCUAAAAGUCAUACGAAAUGCUUCUUAGACAUUAUAUCGUUGGGUUGUUUGAUUGAGCUGUAGUAUGUAGAAAAAUUCGAUUUGGCAGUUAUUUUAAGUAUCAAAAUUUUGGAAUCGGGAGCCAUAGCUAGUGUUAUCAAUAUUGGGCAAAUGAUUUUUUUUAAUGAUUUUUGAUAGAUCAAUGAAACAGGAAAUCAUUAAAAACAACUAGACAGUAGACCUUUUUCGGAAAGUCACGUGACGUCAAAUUUCAACACUAAUUUCCGAAUUUUGUAAGCGCUCUAGUCCUGAAAUGUCAGUUCUCUAACCUUCGAUUUAUUCUCGGACCUCAUUCGAACUCCAGAUUCUUGGCUCAAGACUACGAGGUGUAAUUUAACAGCAGAAGAAGAAGAUCCAGCAUUUCUCUCUUGAAUAAAAUAUAUUGUUAUAGAUAUUACCAGUAAAACUUUCGAACCAACUGAACAUGUUAAUGAAUUUAACACACGAGCAAGUUUGUUGGUAUAACAAAUUAGUCCAAUAUUGAUAACCAAGUAUGGCUACUCGAUGUCCAGCAGAGCACAAAAGUAAACUACAAUUGGCAAAAUUCGAUUAAAUUCAAAAUUUGCUUAGGCUUAGGAACGUUCCGGAAGGGUGACACAUUAGCGUAAACCUGAAAGAAAUGUAUAGAAGGAUAUGAACGAAUAUAUGUAACGGGUAGGUAUUUGUAAGAAUUGAGAUAAGGCUUAGAAUAGAUUCUCUCGAGAAGCUUGGAAUCUUUCUCUCGUUUCAUGAGUUUCUAGAUAAUUGUAACUAGUAUUCAUAAGUUAAAAAUAUUUCAAAUUUUAUUUUGGAAAAAUACUUCAACAAAGCUUUAUGUUCCUUACAGCCUUAGUAUGGAGAAUUUUAAUUCGUAAUUUCUGUGAUCGAGAAGAUUUUUUUUUAAUUUUCCAUCACAUAAAUAAACAUAUUGAAACAAUUAUAACGCACAUUUUGAGCAGAUUAUAAGUUUUCAUAAAACGAACUAACCGUGAAAGUUGCUUGGUCAUCAUCGAGCAAGUGCCAUAAAUAAAGUAAAACCCGUAUAAAAUCAUACGUUUCAAUUGUGGAAUACUAAACCUAUGAACUUUCCAUUGGUGUCUAUCAUAAACCUUCCCUUUAAAAUAUCGAAAAUAUAAACAUAAAAUCACUGAAUUUAACAUUCAAUGUAGAAUGUACGAUGUAUAGAUGGAAAAACAAAAAAAUAAAGAUUGACCUGCGGUAAAGCUACUUAAACUGAUUAGUGAAGUAAGAGAGAACUCGCGACAUAACCAUUUGCGAUAUGUAUUAAUAACUUUGUUUAGGGCUUAAAAAUAAAAUAUGUUUUUUAACUAGUCACAUCAACGAUAUGAUCUCGGGGGUCUGCAUUUAUAACGUUUUGGUGGUUAGCAAAUUUUCAUUUCGCUCUUCUGAGAUGGGGGGUAUUCUAUUCAAAUGAAAGGGCAACGGAAUGGUGGCAGAAUUUCGAUGUGCUCAUUCGGCAAAAAUUGCUAAAUCUAAAUGGGCCGCUAGGUGUGCAAUAGUUAGCAGAUUCGUUCUGGCUACUCGGUCUUGAAUGAACUAAGGGUGUAUGUGAGAUACUUUAUAAGUAAAUUAAUCAAAUAUAUUGUCUAUUUUGAGUACACAUUUAAUGAUUCUGCAUUUUGAUAUCGUAAACGCAUUGAUGGAAAAUAAAUGAAAAAAUAAGAAAACAAUUGGUGAAAGCUAAUGUAGUAAAUGAAUCGAAAAGACAACUAUAAGUAUGCAAUGAAUUUAAAAUGUUUCAUUCUGUAAAUUAUACUGAACAAAAUUUAGUAAGAAA